GUUGGAGUUGCCAGUUGGCAGCCGCUGCCGCCGGGGUGCAACGCGCAGCUCAGUCGUGGCGAUCGCCAGGUGAACGAAGGUUGUGUCGCGCAGAGUCGAGUCCCGCAAUCGAGUCCAGGAUUUCUACAAUAUAUAAGCUAGAGGAUUUCUAGAUUUUGAGAGAAAGGAUCAUGUCGGGCAAACUGAUCAUGAAACGCAAGCGAGCGAGUCAGGAGGAGCAGCUGCAGCAGCAGCAACAACAGCAGCAGCCACAUCAGCAGCAGCAACAGAACGAGGAGCCAGCUCCAGAGAAACGCCAUCGUCCUCUGACCCCACCGGCUGAGGAUCCCACGGAGGAUCAGCCAUCCCGGCCAGAUUCUGCCAACCGCAUCCUUCUAGAAGCCCUGCAAAAGAUAAUGGAACUACAGUCCGAACUGGAUGCCUUUGAGCAGGAUCUCGAUGAGCGCGAUGCAGCUGCGGCCGGACGCGAGGAUCCCGAUACGGAUACAGACACCGAUUCCGAGGACGCCGAGGUGGCCGCUCAAUUCGCGCCAGCAGCAGUAGCAGCCACUCCUGCCCAGCGCAGUCAGGCAGAGGCUCUGGGCUUUGCCAUGUGCGCUCGGGAAACGCUACUCUUCCUGCAGAGCGAAGGUGUGCCCACAGAGUCUCCGCUGUACCAGACGCUCCUCGGCAAGCUGGUGGGUCAGAGCGAUGGCCUGCUAAACGCCUGACGAGCUUAUAACCAGGAGGAGGAGGAGGAGGGCAGAAUUCUAGUCACUUUGCUGCGAUCUCAUUGCAAGUAAAACGAGGGAGAGAGAUACUAUAUGGAGGAGGGAUGAUCAUCACUUCAUUAUGGGGGCUGGAAGUUGUAUGUAUAUCAUCCCCGGGGGUUUUAGAUAUACGUAAUCCUAAGCUUUUUACUCUAGUCAAUUAUUGUGAAGCAAUAUAAAAAUCCUAAGAUACAACGAAGCAAAUAAAAAAAUGAUAAUAAAAAAA